AUGGGAUUCAUUGGUAAGAGUGUUUUGCUCACUCUCUUCGCACUUUGCUUCUUUACUUCCUCUGCUUUGACCUCUGAAGUGACCCACGCUCUACCUCCGAUCAAACUACCAUCUCUUCCACCAACCAAACUACCAUCUCUUCCACCGACCAAACUGCCAACUCUCCCACCGACCAAACUACCAACUCUCCCACCAGCCAAAGCUCCGAUCAAGCUACCAACUCUUCCACCGACCAAACUACCAAGUCUCCCACCGGUUCUCCCACCGGUCUACCCUCCUAAGUUCAACAGGAAUCUAGUGGCCGUGUGGGGUUUUGUCUGUUGCAAAUCCUGCAAGUACGCCGGCAUCAACCCCCUCCUUGGCGCUAAACCCGUUAAAGGUAUCAAAUAUACCUACAUUUACUGA